AUGGUUGAACAUGCAGCCCGUGACUUCCAGUCAGCACUGCAGCAGCUGAAUGCUACCAGCGGCAAGCGAGCCAGCUUUGGUUGCACUGCCAAUUGCCAAAUCUGUGCACAGCUCGUGUUGGAGAAUAACAGUCCUGCACAAACUGGUGCCGCAUCGCUGUGGUCGCAGAAGCCAACUCUGUAUUUCGACUUCGACGAGCUCGAUGAGGAGGAAAUUGGUCGACCACCAAUGGCGGCAGCAGUGCCAAGUGAAGGACAAGCGACUUCGAUGCGAAGGCUUUUCGAGGGCACCGUGACUUUGCAGAUCGUUGCAGCGAUGACUGGGGGCGAGGUAUGCUCGUUGGCGAAUACGUCACUGAACGGCACCAUCUGGGACGUUAAGGAGCGCAUCGAGCGCAAGGAAGGGACGAAACUCAGCGCACAGAAGUUGCUGUGUGCCAAUGGCCAGGUUGCGCACGACGAUGCCAUCCUUGCAGAUGUGGUGGACCACACGCAGCCGGAGCUCAGCCUUGUCCGCUCUCCCCCUGUCUGGGCUGGACUGCUGGCGAACAUCGCGGCUGGGGAAGUUCAGCUUGAGGAACUUGACGAGGGUGCGCGCAGCGAUCGGGCCAUCGUCCUCGCAGCAGUGCACGCAAGUCAAGGCAGAGCCCUCGCUCAUGCAUCUCCUACAUUACGUGGCGACAAGGAAAUGGUCACCGAAGCAGUGAAGCGGAACGGGCUUUCUCUGCGGCAUGCCAGCUCGUCGCUGAGAGCAGACCGUGACGUCGUUUUGACGGCUAUUCGCGAGUGCCCGUUGGCCUUGGAAUUUGCAAGUGACGCACUGCGAAACGACCAUGAUUUCAUCGUCAACGCGGUGCGCGUGUCGGCUCGGGCGGCCGGGUGUGUUACAGAGGCGCCGGGCCAUGCUUGCGUGUCUUUAGGUGCAUUGUAG